AUGGCGCUGUGGCGGGGGCUGCGCUGCUGCCGCCGCGCCUUCUCCUGGCUGCCCGUGCUGCUCAUCGCGCUGCUCCUGCUCUGGUCCUACUACGGAUACGUCUGCGAGCUCUGCCUCGUGACUGUGAGCAACCCUGUGGAGAAAGUGGCCUAUCUUGUAGUAUUCCAUAUUCUCUUUGUGCUCUUUGUGUGGACAUAUUGGAAGUCUGUUUUCACUCUCCCAAUACAACCAGGCAAAAAGUUCCACAUGUCCUACGCUGACCAGGAGCGCUAUGAGAACGAGGAGAGGCCCGAGGUGCAGCGGCAGAUCCUCGCCGAGAUCGCCAGGAAGCUGCCGGUGUACACGAGGACAGGGAAUGGAGGGAUUCGGUUCUGUGACAGAUGCCAGCUGAUCAAACCUGAUCGUUGUCACCAUUGCUCUGUUUGUGCCAUGUGUGUGCUAAAAAUGGAUCAUCACUGUCCAUGGGUGAAUAACUGCAUUGGAUUUUCUAACUACAAAUUCUUUCUACUGUUCUUAGCCUAUUCUUUGUUGUAUUGCUUGUAUAUUGCUGCAACAGUCUUCAAGUAUUUCAUUAAGUAUUGGACAGGUGAGCUGACUAAUGGACGUUCCAAAUUUCACAUCCUUUUCCUUCUCUUCGUGGCAAUCAUGUUCUUUGUAAGCCUCAUGUUUCUGUUUGGCUACCACUGCUGGCUCGUCAGCAGGAACAGAUCCACUCUAGAGGCUUUCUCAGCUCCAGUGUUUCAAAAUGGCCCAGAUAAAAAUGGAUUCAAUCUUGGCUUUGUGAAGAAUCUCCAGCAAGUGUUUGGGGAAAAAAAAAAGCUCUGGCUGCUGCCUAUUGCCUCUAGCCAGGGGGAUGGACAUUUUUUCCCAAUGAGAGCCUUGAGUGAAGCUCGGAACCCUCUCCUGAUAAAUGAGGAGCAGUGGGAAGAGGAUGGAAUAGAUGAAGAGCCUCAGGGCUCUGGUGAAGCCUCAUCCCUUGCCAUAGAAAGGGAGACAUAGCAGUGUGAAAGCACAGUGGUGUAAAGCUGGAUCAGAAAGCUUCCCUCUCAGGAGCCAACAUCCCUUCUCUUGGCAAGGACUUCAGCUUUGAGGGUCAGAAAACAGGUGGAUCUUCAAGAUGAAAA